CGAGGAAGACGUAACGCUAGCUCGGUUGACGUAGUGGUGGUGGCCCGUGGUGCUCUUGCAAUGAUCACCACAUCUAUUUAUCUUGGUGAUUACAACUAGCCACUGGGAGUUGAUAUGAAGGCGGGGGCCUCAUCCAUGUGGGCAUCAUGCUGUGGUCUGUUGAAUGAGGUGAUGGGUACAGGUGCGGUCCGCGGGCAGCAGACGGGCUUCGGAACCGGCGCUGGGCCCUUCCGCUUCGCUCCCAGUGCCGGAUACUCCACGUAUCCCCCCAGCAGCUCAGGGAGCCCCAGCCUGGUGUGCAAGGCCUGCGGGCAGGCUUUCUCCGUCUUCAGAAGGAAGUACAUGUGCUGCGACUGCAAGAAGAGCUUCUGCUCGCUGUGCUCGGUGCUGCAGGAGAACCUGCGGCGGUGCGCCACCUGCGACCUGCUCCGGGCCACCGCCUUCCAGCGGCCGCUGCUGAUGCGGCUGCGCGUCAAGGACCUGCGCCAGUACCUGCUGCUGCGCAACAUCCCCACCGACACCUGCCGCGAGAAGGAGGACCUGGUGGACCUGGUGCUGUGCCACCAGGGCGCCGAGAGCGACGUCGAGGAGGAGGACGAGGAGCCCGACACGCCCACGCUGCAGUCUCGGCCGCUCUACGACCCGCCGCCGCCGCCACCGCCGCCGCCCCCCACGGCCCUGGAGCCCCCCGCCUCCGCCUCCCCUCCUCAGAUCUCCCCCGCCGCCACGUCUCAGGGAGAAGCCAUCAGCAGGAGCAACAGCUCAGGGUCCACCAAUCAGGACAUAGGUGAUGCCACCUCCCUGUCUCUCCUUAACCUGGAGCCGAGUGACCACACCCCUGAGGUGAGUCCGCAGACACGCCGGCGUGCGCGGGCCUCCCUCUCGGACCUGUCCUCGCUGGAGGACGUGGAGCGACUGACGGUGCGGCAGCUGAAGGAGAUCCUGGUGCGCAACUUUGUCAGCUUCUCGGGCUGCUGCGAGAAGUGGGAGCUGGUGGAACGCGUGCGCAGGCUCUACCGCGAGAACGAGGAGAACCGCAAGUCCAUGGAAAAUGUGAACAGUGCCAUCACUGCCGUGGUUGCCUAUCCCCCGCCAAUCUGCAAUGGUGGAAUCGGAGAUGCCGGGCAGUCUCAGCUGGUCACUGACGAGAACCUGUGCCGGAUCUGCAUGGACGCCGUGAUCGACUGCGUCCUCCUGGAGUGCGGACACAUGGUCACCUGCACCAAGUGCGGCAAGCGCAUGAGCGAGUGCCCCAUCUGCAGGCAGUACGUGGUGCGGGCCGUGCACGUCUUCAAGUCCUAACCCGCCCUGCAUCGGACCCAAGCAUUCCUAGGGAGGAGAAGCAGCAACAGCAACAACAACAGCAGCAACAACAACAACAACAACAACAACAACAACAACAACAAUACACUGAACGCACAAACUAACAAAAACAAACGCACUCAGCAAAACCACUACAUGCGCACAUGAACUGAACGUCUGCACCAUCCAACGUCCACUGGCAGGUUUAAACUCCUGAAGCUUCAGACCCUCCCGUGGCCCUGGUGGUGGGCCUGUAGAAAAGUCCUCAUCUGUGUUGGCUGAAGUGUCAUUUUUCUUCCAAAAAAAUCGAGAGGAUCUAGCCAGAGACUGAGAAGCUCCCGUCUCUCAGAAAUGGCAGCGAGACUUGUGGUUUGCAGUUUGCAGUGGUGUGGCACGAACAGUCAAAAGACGUCUUUGACAUUGUCCUCUGUGGGCUCUGGGUUAACACUCAGGAGAGUGAAGACCUUACCUGCCCCGGGGGGGGGGGACCUGUGUGCGUUUUUAUAGGUGGCCUCGCAUGUGUAACACUGUGUUAACUCUGCCAACGGUGGGGCUAGUCGUGAAACGUCUCUUACUCUGUUGUGUUUGUCCAUGAAACAGCGGGCAUGCAACACGUAACGUGAUUCAGGUACACCGGUUGGUUUCAAGGAUAUUCAUGCCCCGUGUAUGUGAAUUUAGGUUCUCUCUUCGGUGUCAGGCUCCUACGUUGUAUGUUUGUUUGUUUUUCUGCUUUCAGUUCAACCAUCUCACGGCAGUCUCGAGUUAAAAUGCGCUGGCAGAAAAGAUGUUGACAUUGCUAUUACCCAGACGUUGUGUAGCGUGUUGAAUGUGCGCUGUCUGGUUUGUGGUUGUGUGGAAGUGAUGGACCAGGGAACGUUUAGGAACAUUUUAGGGAGAGGGAUCGUUUUUAGCGACGACAGGGGUAAGGUCUAUCUGUGACUUUACUCAAGUGAAUUAGUCUUGUGCUCUAGGGCUGCAGAGGAAGGAGCACAGUGGGGAUAUCGUGCCAAAUCUCUGUGUGGUAGUGUCGUUGGUGGUGUGUGUGGAUGUGUGUAUGUAUGCGUGCGUGCACAGGAAACUGUCAUCACACACCAUUCUAGUCCAGCAUGUGUCCCAGCAGCAGUCAUUGAGCCAUCCUCUCCUCUCCUGUGCUGUACUGUAGUCCUGUCCUUGUCUGAAUGCUGGUGCUACAGUAGAUCCCUGACAUGCUCCCUCAGUGGCCGCAAACACGGAUACCGUUUCUCGUCAGAGCUCUUACUGCACUCCGUGUGAAGCCACUCGGGAUGUUUUGAUGUUUAUCUUUGUGCCGGGUCAGAUUUGACCUGGCUGGACCUUUUUUUCCUUUAUUUCUUUUUUUCUUUUUUUUUUUUGGAAAGCGUCUCCAUGUGUUCAUGCAGUUACUCACUCCACUCUGGUGUGGGCCCGGUCCAGCUCAUGAAGGCUCAACUCUCAACAAGAUGUUCCAGAUGUCGUAUCUGAUGAAGUGCUCAGAAACAUGAUGCUCUUGGAGGAGGGAAGCUUUAAUGGACACAAAAGCCGCUCUCAAAUGGCUUGUCACCAUCUCUACUGUAGAAACCUGUAAUGUGAGACGAUCUUAUGCCAGAUCGGUAUCCCAGUCCAAUGUCAUUAUUGUCGUGAUCCAGUUGAUACCGUCUCUCCCUAGGGUGUAACUAGACAUCAUGUUAUUCCAGGGACAGUCAUACACUACAGUCCUGAUAUUGGUGUCUGUUUUUUUUUAUUUUUUUUAAUUAUGUACCUAUGCCAUAUUUCAAGACCUAGAGCCUAGAGCCUAGACCAAGAGAUUGCCUGUUUUUUAUGCAUAGUCUAUCUUUCUGAUGCCAGCGUAUCUGUGGGGGACAGGUGGACGAGCAUUUGUUCUCCCAGGACAAAAAGAAAAAAAAAAAAAAGAAA